UCCAGUGAUCUCCCUUAACUCCAGUCCAAAAUCCAGCUAGGGGUAAAUCUAGAUGGCACCAACUUUCUACCACUAUUACCCAGUGCCCAUGGAUGAAUAUUGUAAGGGAGAUGGAGGACAGGGACAGAAGCGCUCCUGUUCGUGGAUGACGGUAGUUUUCGUAAUAAUCAUAGCGAUUUUGUCUGUGCUUCUGAUCAUCUUCAUUGUCAAGAGCAAGGCCUGCUGGGAUAGCUACCAGGUGGAGAUGAAGUAUUACAAUGUCACCCAGACCGUGGCCUAUGAGGACUUCCUGAAGAACUGUAACUGCACUGUGGAAAUCCUGGAGAUGGUGAAAACUCAGUGCCUGGGGAAAGUGCAGGAGCUUAAGGAAGAGAUCAAUAGAUUGAACUUGACGCUGCAGGACACUCAAGCGGAAGUGGACCAGCUGAAAAAAGAAAAUGAACACUUAAGAUUGAUCAAGUCCAAGGACAACUAUGAGUCAAACUCGGGCAUCUCCAUGAAACCAGGCCCACUCCUGCUCCUGGUCCUCGGGGCUCUGCUGCUCUGAGGUCCCCAGGAAAUCAGCCAGUGAGGACGGUGCAUCCUGGAUGGUCCAGCUCCUGCUAUGCUUUCUGCUUUGAAGUUCCUUGGAUCUGGCCAGCUCUGAGGGGAUCUUGGGAGCAACAUGGUUAGGGGGGAGGUCUGGGUAGCAGUGCAUGGAGAGGGAGGUAUCUCUGGAGUGGGCUUGAGGAUGGGGAAGCAGCUAAGUUGUGAGCUUGGUAAGGACUGAGUCCCUCUUUCUUCUCCACUCUCCUGGGUGUGGGCAUGGAGGGGUGAAGGUGGGGUGGUACCUGCUGUUUGCUUGUGGGGACUGGGGUCUUUGAGCUCCAAAAAAUAAACACCCCUCUUGGGGAACACAUCUUA